AUGGACAAACUGCUGAUUCUUGCUGGGCUGGCCCUCCUGCUGCAGCUGGGCACCACAACCAAAAUCGUCUGUUACUUCACCAACUGGAGCCAGUACCGCCCUGGGAUUGCCCGCUACAUGCCGGACAAUGUGGACCCCUGCCUCUGCACACACAUCAUCUACGCCUUUGCUGGAAUGGCCAACAACCAGAUUAAAACUAUUGAGUGGGAUGAUGAGGCCCUCUAUGCUGGCAUCAAUGGCCUUAAGAACUACAACACAGAACUGAAAACCCUGCUGUCUGUUGGUGGCUGGAACUUUGGAACCCAGGGAUUCUCCAACAUGGUGGCCACUGCCGAGAACCGCCAGACCUUCAUCCAGUCGGCCAUACAGUUUCUGAGGAAGUAUGACUUUGAUGGGCUGGACAUAGAUUGGGAGUAUCCAGGCAACCGUGGCAGCCCGGCCGACACCAAACAGCUCUUCACCGUCCUGUUGAAGGAAAUGUAUGAGGCUUUUGAGCAAGAGGCCACCCAGAGUAACAAGCCCAGACUGCUGAUUUCUGCCGCCGUGUCAGCAGGCAAAGGUACCAUUGAGACCGCCUACCAGAUCCCCGAGAUGUCUAAGUACAUGGACCUCAUCAAUGUGAUGACCUAUGACCUAAGGGGCUCCUGGGAGGGCUUCACAGGAGAGGACAGCCCCCUGUUUGCAGGACCCAAUGAUGAAGGGGACUACAAAUACUUUAAUGUGGAUUAUGCAAUGAACUACUGGAAAAGUCAAGGUGCCCCUGCUGAGAAGCUGAUGGUGGGCUUUGGGGCAUAUGCCCGCACCUUCACUCUCACCAACCCUGCCAACCACGGUCUGGAUGCCCCCACCUCUGGCCCUGGGACUGCUGGGCCCUAUACUCAGGAGGCUGGGACUCUUGCCUACUUUGAGGUCUGCUCCUUCCUGAAAGGAGCCACUGAGGUGUGGAAUGCCCCCCAGGAGGUGCCCUAUGCCUACAAGGGGAACCAGUGGAUUGGAUAUGACAACCCCAAGAGCUUCACCCUCAAGGCCAAGUGGCUUCUAGAAAACAGCUUUGGAGGGGCCAUGGUCUGGGCCAUUGACCUGGAUGACUUCACAGGCACUUUCUGUGGACAAGGCAAAUACCCUCUCAUGAAUGCCCUCAAAUCUGCACUCGGUGUCUCCACUCCCGGUUGCCAAGUGCCCACCACUACCCUGGGCACCACCUCCGCCCCUGUCGUCACAGCAGCACCCGGAGGUGGCAGUACUGGUGAUCAUGGAUUCUGUGCCGGGAAAUCUAAUGGUCUCUAUCCUAGCCCCACCAGCAAGCGCGCCUUCUACAACUGCAUGAAUGGCCUCACCUAUGAGGAGGCUUGUCAGACAGGCCUGGUCUUUGACACCAGCUGCUCUUGCUGUAACUGGGCUUAAGUCAUCCAUCCACCUGUGGGGGCCCUUGGGGACU